AUGAUUUUCGAUAGUGGUGAACUUGGCUUUGAGGUGGAAUCGUUCGAGCAACCUAUGACAUAUUCGGUGAUAGGCUAUGAAGCAGACAAUAAUUGCAAUCAGGUUCAGGACCUUUUCGAUAUGAUCAGAGUGGAUCGUUUACAACCUUUAAUCGAAAGAGAAACUCUGGAGCCAGAUGACUGGCAGAGGUUUUCGGGGACCACCAAUUCCAUAUCACCCGAUUUAGUGGACUUACCACAACAAGGCGAAAAACGUCAGGCCUGCGAGGAAGACAAUCCUGUUACCAACGUUGGCCAAGGUGGUUCGGUGGGCGAAUCCAGGCAGGCAGUGCCGAGACCUCAGCUCAAAAGACGGAAAAGCAAUCCAUUCUACUCACCUUCAAGACACAUCAAGAAUAUGAUUAAAAAAGACAAGCAACGUAAAUAUCCAUCAAAGAACGAGCGUGGGGACCACUCGGACGCUGCUGAUCAGCGCGUGAUUGGAGAAACCCAUAUGAACUGUACUGUCAAACCGUUUUUAGAAAGACGGCAAACUGUCGGAUAA